CCGAUUUCUCCGCCCCGCCAACACGCUAACAACCCCGGGAGUCAAAAAGGAAUCUCGAGGGCCGGUGACCGUUCUGAGUCUUCCCUGAUCUUCUUUGGGGUCCUGGCUUAAGAGACCACUCGUCCCCGCUGUCAGUACGUCCUCACAGCCACAGCAAUCUUGAGAUCUCUACAAAGAUGAUGCUUUCUGUGUUUGGACUCUCCAUCCCCUUGUCAGCCACAGAGCUUCUCCUGGCCUCUGCUGUCUUCUGCCUGGUGUUCUGGGUGGUCAGGGCUUGGCAGCCUCAGGUUCCCAAAGGCUUGAAGAGUCCACCAGGGCCCUGGGGCUGGCCUCUGCUCGGGCACGUGCUGACCUUGGGGAAGAACCCCCAUCUGGUGCUGGCAAGGCUGAGCCAGCGUUAUGGGGACGUGCUGCAAAUCCGCAUUGGCUCCACACCCGUGCUGGUGCUCAGCGGCCUGGACACCAUCCGACAGGCCCUGGUGCGUCAGGGUGAUGACUUCAAGGGCCGGCCUGAUCUCUACAGCUUCACUCUGAUCACUGAUGGCCAAAGCAUGACCUUCAGCCCAGACUCUGGACCGGUGUGGGCUGCCCGCAGGCGCCUGGCCCAGAAUGCCCUGAAGAGUUUCUCCAUUGCCUCAGACCCGGCUUCCUCAUCCUCCUGCUACCUGGAAGAGCACGUGAGCAAGGAGGCUGAGUACCUCAUUGGCAAGUUCCGGGAGCUGAUGGCAGAGAUUGGGCACUUUGACCCCUACAGAUAUGUGGUGGUGUCAGUGGCCAAUGUCAUCUGUGCCAUGUGCUUUGGCCAGCGCUAUGACCAUGAUGACCAAGAGCUGCUUAGCUUAGUUAAUCUGGGUCAUGAGUUCUCGGAUGGCGCUGCCUCUGGAAAUCCUGUGGACUUCUUCCCCAUCCUUCGAUACCUGCCCAACCGUUCCCUGGAUUUCUUCAAGGACAUAAAUGAGAGGUUCUUCAGCUUCAUGAAAAAGAUGGUCAAGGAACACUAUAAAACUUUUGAGAAGGGUCACAUUCGGGAUAUCACAGACAGCCUGAUUGAGCACUGUCAGGACAAGAGGCUGGAUGAGAAUGCCAAUAUCCAAAUGUCUGAUGAGAAGAUUGUUAAUGUUGUCUUGGACCUCUUUGGAGCUGGAUUUGACACAGUCACAACUGCCAUCUCCUGGAGCCUCAUGUACCUGGUGACAAGCCCCAAUGUACAGAAAAAGAUCCAGGAGGAGCUGGAUACAGUGAUUGGUAGGGCGCGGCAGCCCCGUCUCUCUGACAGACUCCAACUGCCCUACUUGGAAGCCUUCAUCCUGGAGACCUUCCGACAUGCCUCCUUUGUUCCUUUCACUAUCCCCCAUAGUACCACAAGAGAUACAAGUCUGAGUGGCUUUUACAUCCCCAAGGGGCGCUGUGUCUUUGUGAACCAGUGGCAGAUCAACCAUGACCAGAAGCUAUGGGGUGACCCAUCUGAGUUCCGACCAGAACGAUUUCUCACUUCUGACGGCACCGUCAACAAGGCACUGAGUGAGAAGGUGAUUCUUUUUGGCUUGGGCAAGAGGAAGUGCAUUGGUGAGAUCAUCGCCCGCUUGGAGGUCUUUCUCUUCCUGGCCAUCCUGCUGCAGCAGGUGGAAUUCAGUGUGGCAAAGGGCACAAAGGUGGACAUGACCCCCAUUUAUGGGCUGACCAUGAAGCAUGCCCGCUGUGAGUACUUCCAAGCGCGGAUACGCACUUAGGGGUCAGAGAGCGCUGCAACUUAGACUCUAUCUACUUGGCCUGUCUGGGCAGCCAGGCCAGGGGGCUGGCUUGAGGUCUGGGUUUGGGGGGGCGGACUAAACUUUGGCCUGAAACUCACAGAUAUUGGUCUGGCUGAUUUUUGCUGUCUGGGCUGCAGGCAAGCCUGAAGGAUCAUGCCUGCUCCCCACCUUGGACUUGCUCCUCUGCAGACUGACCACAGAAAAUGGACACAGCAGGGGCCAAAAUAAAAGUAGCAGAUGGAGACUUCCAGAAUUGUGCUUGAGGCAGGAGGCUUAGUAAGGUUAGGACGUCCUCAGGCCCCUGGAAACCUCUAGGGAAUCCUCUAGAAGCCUCUAAACCCAGUGGCUGGCUGGCUUUCUGUGCGGGCUGACUGGCUUAAGAAACAUUUAUAGAAGGUCAAGCCAGGGCCUAUCCAAUCUCUUUGACAAUUGGGAGCGGUCAAGAGUGAAGGGAAGAGACAGCUUAGGAAUCUCAGGCACAGAGGUGGUCUCUCAUCUUGAAUAAGGAUGAGCAGUCUGACCACAUGGGUCUGGGACACUGCGAUGCCUUCUUCUGCUCUCCUGCAGGCAGGAACAGGACUGCAAACUGGACUUGUAAGGACCCUGUUCCUGUCCAGGAGGGGCUGGGCGCUUGUACCCUCUGCAGAGCGCAGAGGGAGUGCCCAGAUUCAGACAUCAGAGUCAGGUCUCUAUACCCAAUAUAAAAAUGCCUUUUAAAAAUGUUUAUAUGCAAGAAGUUUUAUAUUUUAGCCUGCAUUGUACUGGCAUGCCUUCACUUAUCAUAUGUAAGAGCUUAAGAACAACUUAUUGAGUGCAAUAGAAAAAAUUCUAACCCAGGUCUCCAGAAAUGUGUAAGAAGCUUCUACCUAAGCUAAAUAAAGACAUUUUAUAGAAGUCC